AUGGUAUGGAGACCUAUGGUUGUCCAAGCUGUUGAAGAACCCAAGGAGCAGGAGGUGCAGGAAUUAGAUGUUUUGGUUCCUACUGAUCCAGUCUAUGAGCCUGUGGGAAAUGUGAGAAAGUCGAGUCCAGUUAGAAAAUCUGCUACUCUAAGUGCACCUGUGUUGCUUCAUAAUUCUUUUGAUUUCUUGAAAGAUGAUGCUCAGAUCUCUCAGAUAAAGCUCCUGCCCAGGGGCAUGGAUAGAGUUAUGGUUUGGAAUAUAAGGGGCUUGAAUAGCCCUAAUAAACAAGCAGAGAUCAGGGAUUAUAUUGCUCAGCAUCGUAUUGGUCUCUACUGUCUUGUUGAAACUAAGGGUGGAAGAAUACUGAAAGCUUGGUUAAGUGAGCUAUUUGCUGUGGAUAUUAUUCUUUCUGAUGCUCAGUUCAUUCAUACUAGAGUGUUGAACAAAACUCUUAAUAAAGGGUUUGACUGUACUUUUGUUUAUGGAAUGAAUGAUGCUGAAGACAGGAAGAGAUUAUGGGAUGGCCUCAAAAGCAUUUCAAGCAGAUGUUCUGGGGCUUGGAUAAUCUCUGGUGAUUUUAAUUGUCCUUUAUUUCAAGAUGAUAGAUUGGGCAGACCUAUUGGUCAUCUUGAAAUGGCUCCUUUUAAGGAUUGUGUUGAAUUCUGUGAUCUUAAGGAUAUGGUUCAGGUAGGUGCUAGAUAUACUUGGACUAACAAACAGUUUGGGGAAGCAAGAGUCUACAAUAAGAUUGAUAGAACUUUGGUCAAUUAUGAUUGGAUUGUUUCUUUCCCUAGUUCUUUUGUUCACUACAACACUGAGAUGUGGUAUGAUCAUUGUCCUGCUGUUAUUUGUUUUGAAGAUCAAGGUACUCCUGGUCCCAAGGCUUUCAAAUUCUUUGACAUGUGGGGCAGUCAUCCUCAUUUCUUGGAGUUGGUUAGGAAUGCUUGGAACACAAGGGUUGUUGGGCAGAAAAUGUACCAAGCUCAAGGAGGUUAUAAGGAGAAAGAGAAAUCUAGUCUUGAGAAGUUUUCUAGACUCAGAAAAGAUUAUUUUGCUUUCCUUCAGCAGAAUUCUAAGAUCAAGUGGCUUAAGUUGGGUGAUGAUAACACUGCUUUCUUCCAUAAGAGUAUCAAAGUUCAUUCUUACAAGAAGAAGGCAUGUGACAUUAAGGUGGAGCAUGACAUUAUGAGUAAGGGGCCUUUAGUUACAGAUGAAAAAGCUGCUAUUUUAACUUGUCCUAUUAGAUUAGGAAAUAAAGAAGGCAAUGUUUGGUAUUCCUGGUGCAAGAGGAAGAGUUUGCCUGCUGGUUGCAUGUUUAAGGUGGAUAUUAGGAAGGCAUAUGAUUCUGUGGAUUGGAAUUUUCUAAGAGAUAUGCUGCUGGCUCUAAGGAUUUUUCACGGAAUUGAGGAACAUAGAAAUUUUAAGUUUCAUCCAAGGUGUAAGGGUGUGAAGCUGAAUCACUUAGUUUUUGCCGAUGACCUGAUAGUUAUGAGUAGUGGUGAUGAGAAAGCUGCUAGUUUACUCAUGAGGGGUUUAGCUACUUUUUCUGCUGCUUCUGGGUUAGUUGCUAACAAUGGGAAGUCAAAUGUAUAUUUAUGCAAUACAAGUGAAGAGGUGAAGCACAAUAUUAUUAGAAAUUCUGGAUUGCAGGAGGGGGAUCUUCCUUUUAGAUAUCUGGCUGUGAAUGUGAAUGCUAAGAAGCUGUCUCAUGUUAACUGUCAAGUGCUGAUUGAUAAAAUUGUGGCUAGAAUCAUAAUUUGGGGUGGUAGAACAAUGUCCUAUACAGCUAGAGUCACUCUUGCUAAUGUUGUUCUUAUGUCCUUGCAUACUUAUUGGGCUACUCUUUUCAUUGUGCCCAAGAUGAUUUUGGAGGGAGUUAUGGCAAUCUGUAGGAAUUUCAUCUGGGAUGGCAAAGCUAUUUACAGUAGGGCUCCUCCUAUUGCGUGGGAUAUAGUCUGUAGACCUAAGUAG